AAAAAAGUGAGGCAAUCACAACGAAGGAUUAUUGACCAGCCAAAACGGAUCAUUCCAAAGUCGGCACAACACUUUGGGCAGCCAGAAACACCCAAUCAGCCCAACGCCCGGUUAUGCAGCCGAGUUUAUCGACCAUUAGCAUACCACCGCAGCCAUAGGCUCACUCGGCGCUCGCGGCAAAAAUCGGGCGCUCUGUUUGGCCGACCUUUUGCCCUUGUUUAGCCCGGCGUUAUUGGAGCAUCUGCCGCCACGGUCCCUGCUUUUCUUCCACCCGUGCGGUGUCUCUCCAUUGUCUUCAUACCCCUCCGAUUGAGCUCCCUCCGCCUCCCUUCCGGUCCUCUCCCUCUCUGUGCCCAGCAUGGCCCCCCAGACUUUGCCAGCACAGAGCGUGCCGGCCUGGAAGCGAUUGGGUUUGAAGCUCAAAGGUGCUGGCGACACCCCUUCGACCCCUUCGGCCAAGCCUGCGGCCAAGAUCAGCGGUGCAGGUUCGACGACCGGGCCGCGGGACUCUCCCAGCUGGGGCAACAAGCGAAAGGAGUACCCUUCGCCCUCGAGCCAGUUCGGCAACAGCAAACGCCCCCGAACAGACUUCAGCCAGGCAGCCCAGACGCCUGGCCGGCGCAAGUCGGUUACUUUUGCCGACGGCACUAAGGGCUCGGACCUCGACCCCUCGGCCACCAAGACGCCCUCCAAGCCUCCAGGGGCUGCCGAUGACAAGCAACAGAAGAAGCCAAAGAAGCCCAAGACCCGAAAGUCGGCUAAGAAGCCUGAGCAGAACUACAAGCCCGACCACCUCCAGCCCCAGCUGAGCCAGUACCUGCGCGAUUGGCACACUGCGCGAGACACGUGGAAGUUCCGCAAAAAUAUCCAGACUCUGGUGAUCAAAUACGCUUUCGACCCCGUGCUCUUGCCAGCCGCCGACUUUCCAAUCUUUCGCAAAUACGCCAUUGGGCUGCAGGGCGCUUCGAGGGACUGGCUCCGCACCUCAGCCGCGGAUAUCAGGAAGAGGGAUCUGGAGCAGAGGGGCACCGCCGGAUUCCCAGCGGGCACGACCGACACCGACGGCAAGCAGGAACGAUACGAGGAGCUGGUCGCCAAGAUGCUCGGUGCGCAGGGCAGCCAGGCGCGGCGGGGCAGCAAUGCCAAUGGCAAGCGCGUGCGCGACGACUAUAGCGAGGAGGAUUUAGUCAUGGGCGGCACCGAGGCCGAAGCGCGGGGGCCCGAAGUGACUCAGCGCAUUGUUAAGAGGAUGCGGGCCGAGAUGGUGCUCGACGAGCUGUCGGAUGCCGACGCCUCCGACGCCUCGGCCGCAACAACGUCCUCCACCACUACGACGACAACAACAACCAACGGCGCCUCUUCAGAGGGAGAGGUGGCGACAGCAACGCCAUCAGCCGGAGAGGCCAAAGCCAAGGCGGCUGACAGCUCGCAGAAGCGAAGGCGUCAGCGGAAGAAACGCACCGUUGAUGACGAUGACGACACUAGCAGCAGCGAUGAUAACAGCGACAGCAGCGACGAUGAGGACGCCGGGUCUGCGGACGAGGAUGAUGACGAUGAGGAGGAGGAAUCCGACAGCGAAUCCACUUCGAGCUCGGGGACGAGCAGCAGUGGUUCCGACUCGGACUCGUCUGAUACUGCAAGCGAAGGCACGCUCCAGAGGCUGGCGCAGGAGCGUGAGGCUCUCGAGUCCUCGUCGAGCAGUAGCAGCAGCAGCGGCUCUGAUUCGGGUAGCGAUUCAGACUCCGAGUCCGAGCUAUGACCGGACGGGACAGGAAAGAUGUCGCAUCAUGUUCAUGGUUGUCGUCUCCGCUGAGAAGCGAGAGAUGUGUCGGGCCUUUGAAUACCCUGUACCUCGGCUUUCACUUCUUUGAGGGCAUCCUGGAUGCCAUCAAUGAUUCAGACAUGUCGACAUCAGAGAGUUCAGUUGCGCGCCUAGCGCGUCUUCAAAUAUUAUAUGCAUCGCCAAUUUCUCCUUCUCUCGUCAUGUUUUAGGGGAGCUCGAUCUCUGCAUGUAUCAGAUAAGUAGGUGUUCUUCUAUUAGGUUGAUCCGAAGUAUUGG